CUGAACUUUGUUCUGUGUGGGAGUGAUGGAGCAGUGAAGACCUCCAUAUCAGAUCUCAUACUGGGUCAGAGAGAGCGCCGUCCAGAGUCCAGCUCAGUGUGUGUGAGGAGGGAGGGAGAAGUGUGUGGACAUCUGGUCACUCUGGUGGAGAUGCCAGCUCUCUACAACACUCAGCUCUCAGAGGAGGAAAUGGUGUGGAAGAGUUCUCAGUGUGUCUCCUUCUGUGAUCCUGGAGUUCAUGCUUUCCUCCUCAUCGUGCCUGGGGGACGCCUCACUGAUGAAGACAAAUUAGAAAUAGAGAAGAUCCAGAGAAUUUUCAGCUCCACAGUCAAUGAUUACUUAAUACUUCUUUUUGCCUCGGAAAACAAAGAAACAAAGACGCUUAUCAACAGUUGUGGACAAAGGUAUAGAAUAGUGGAAAUAAAAGUGGAAAGAAACCCCAAACAAGUUCCAGAGCUACUGGAGGAAAUUAAAAGACAGACUGAACACAAGCAUUAUUCUCUCCACAUGUAUGUAAUGGCUCAAGAGGAAAGAAUUCGACAUGAACUAGAAGAGAAGCAUAACGAAGAACUGGACAAAAUGAACAAGAUAAUUAAGGAGUUAAAUGGGAAGGGCCAGUCAGAAGGUAAAACACAGAGACCAGGUGACCUCAGGAUUGUGCUGCUGGGGAAGACUGGAGUUGGGAAGAGUGCUACAGCAAACACAAUCCUGGGGAAAAAACUUUAUAGAGAGUUACUCUGCGCUCGAUCAGUUACCACUGAGUGUCAAAAAGAAUCUUCUGAUGAUGCUUAUAAGGUGAAGAGACUUAUUACUGUGAUUGACACUCCAGGGCUGUUUGACACAAAUACUUCUAAUGAAGACAUCAGUAAGGAAAUCGUUAAGUGCAUCACCAUGGCAGCUCCAGGUCCACAUGCCUUUCUACUGAUUAUUUCUCUGGGACGCUUCACAAAAGAGGAACAAGAUGCAGUGAAGAUGAUCCAAGAACUGUUUGGUGAAGAAUCCAGAAAAUACACUAUGGUGCUGUUCACCAGAGGAGAUGAUCUACAGGAAAUGAAAAUGAGCAUUGAAGAAUUUAUUAAAGAUUCAGAGCACAGCUUACAAAACAUCAUUCACCAGUGUGAUAACAGACACCAUGUGUUCAGUAACAGAAACUUUGAAAACCGCACCCAGGUCACUGAUCUACUGGAGAAGAUCGACACUAUGGUGGCAGUGAAUGGAGGAAGCUUCUACACUAAUGAGAUGUUCCAGCGAGCAGAGAAAGCUCUACAACAAGAACAGGAUCAAAUACUGAAGAAUAGAGAAGAGGAGAUAGAGAGAGAGAAAGAAGAACUGAGAGCCAAACAUGAAGCUGAAAUGGAGGAACUGAAGAGGACAAUACAGGAGGAACAACAAAAACAAGAGAGAGAAAGGAAAAGGAGAGAGGAGGAAUUUAAAAAAAGAGAAGAGCAAGUCAGAAGGGAGUUUGCAGAGAGAGAACGAUUCGAACGAGAACUCUACAAAAAACAAAGAGAAGAAGAUGAAAAAAAAAUGAAAGAGUGGAUGGCAGAAAUAAACAGAGAAAGAGAAGAGAACAGGAAACAGUGGGAGAGACAGAGAGAGGAAGAUCAGAGACGGAGAGAUCAGGUAGAGGAGGAAAGAAGAAAGAAAGAAGAAGAGUGGAAACAGAAACAAAGAGAGGAAAAAGAGGCUUUUGAGAAAAUAAAGAAGGAAAUGAUCGAGAAACAAAGAGAUCAUCAAUACAAAUUACAGAAGGAGUAUGAACAGAAGGCAGCAGAGGAGGAGAAGAGAUUGAGAGAGUUAGAGGAGAAAAUCAAACAUGCAGAAGAAAGUAAAAAGAAGGAGCUACUAGAUCUGCGGUUAACUCAGCAGAGAGAGUGGAAGAGGAAGAUGCAGGAGGAGGAGAAGUGGAGAGAACUGGAGGAGAAUAAGUGGAGAGAAAAAAUGGAGUCUCUGGAAAAUGAGUGGAAACUUCAGCAAAAUAAGAAACAGCAACAGUAUGAACACAAGAGAACACUAGAGAUGGAGAGAAGAGCCCUGGAAGAGGAAAGGAAGAAGCAGAAAGAGGUAGAAGAGAAGAAAAGAAUAGAGAAUGAAGCGAAUGAAAAGAUUAAGCAAAUGCAAAUGAGAAUUCAGAGAGAAACUGAGGCAAAACAACAAGAAAAACAAUAUCAGAAACAACUGGAAGAGAAUUUGAGGACACAGCGAGAGCUUUUCCAUAGGUUUGAACAGGAAAGAGCGAGAGUUCAUAGAAGAGAAGAAGAGCGACACCUGGCCCACACAAGACUGGUGCAAGAGCUACAAAAGGAGAAACUGUGUAAAAAUAGUAAGUUAGAAGCAAGACAAGACGCUGAGAAAGAAUUCUGUGCCAAGGUUGAUAGAAAGUUUGAAGAGGCACCCGCAGAGGGGCAGGGGUCUACAGAAGCAGAAUCUCCGAGGACCAUUCCAGGCAGCCUGCUAUAUCAGGGUGCUACAAUUGGGCACCAUGACCAGCUGCUGCAAAAGAUGACCCAACAGCAACCACUUGAGGCCAUCAAACCCAGUGCUGGCGCAUCUCCAACCCCACCCAUUGUGGCAGGCUCCACAGAAGAUCCCCCUGCUCUGCCUGCCCCAGUACAAGGGAAUUGUCAUGUGGCUAAUCCUGACCAGUACGCUGGGGAUGUGGAAGGCUGCAGAGGGUUCUUGUGA